AUGAGGCUUUCCAUGAAGAGAAUUGGAGUGCUUGCCAAAAAGCCGCGAACCAAAAUGCUGCCUCCCCUUAACAAGGCGGCAGAUGAGCAACAACAUGUUUUCCUUCCUCUGCCGGACUACGGUGCCAGAAUUGAGAAAUUGUUUGAAGGCGGACAUAGUGUGGUCUUCAUCCGCAGCAGCGUAGCCACGGGCAAGACUACACUGGCAGAGCAUUUGGCACGUCAGUUUGACAAGUACGUCAUGGUGGCAUUCACUGGCGCAGGGGAGGAAGCUGCUUGGCAGCUGGGGACUGUGGAAGCCAUCGAGAAGGCGACGAGCCGAACGAUCAACAAGGAUGACCUGGCCUUUCGGAAUGCCCUGAAGCUGGCGGCGAACGAGAGCCUGACCUUGGUCUAUGACGAGGCUCACACGCUUUUUUCCUCACCAAUGCUAUGCGCGGCACUGUUCAAGAGCAGCGAACACUGUCGACCAAGAGUUUUGCUUUUCUCAGCAUCAGGAGACGCUUCCACUGCGUCAAAGCUGAAUGUGGCUACGCCCGUUGAGAUCACCCAGAAGUUCAUGUGGACGCCUCCCUUGAGCUACACGAAAGAGCUGGAGACUCAACUGAAGGAAGCGGGUGUGAGGCUGGACCAGAAGAGCAUCGAGUUCUUUAUGCAAUUUUGCGGUGGACAUCGUGGAAUCUUCAUGGCAGCAAUGCAUUGGGUGAGCCUUCAACAGAAAGGGAAGAAGGAGGUGAUCUGGGGCUUUGCGGAGACAGUGAGACUUGUGCGCAACAGCUAUGCAAAUGGAGAUUGGAACAAAGCUGACGGGAUUCUGAGCCACGCAAAAAAAAGUCGUGCAAUCCAUGUCAAUGGUCGCUAUGAGUCCUUAGAUGCAAUCCCAGAAGAAUUUAUUCACCUGCUUUGCAGUGGUUCUUGCAUGAUCAAGGAUGCAACAAACAGAACAGAUUUGUGCAUUCAUGGCUUUAUUCUGCCGAAGCAUGAAGAAGCCCACGAGCUCCAAGAUGUGAACUGGAGCGACUAUAGUACCAAGUACAAGGUAUCCAAUCCGCUCAUGGCGUCCUACUACCGCCAGGUUCUGAAGCAGGAGCGAGCCUUGCAAGUUGCCUUUACGGAAGACAAACCGCAGCACAGUGCAGACCUACUGCUGCGAGCAUUGCCCUACCUUCUCUUCUCCAAGGUCGUAAGCUUCGCAGGAGACAGACCUGAGUUGGCAAAGGAUGGUCUUCCGGUUGAGGCACACUACAACCAAGCCAUCAUCAGUGUGUUGACAGAAAUCGGCUACAAGGCCCUUUCUCCACAAUCGUCGAAGCAGGGUCACGGGAAGCCAGACCUUGUGGUCAACAUUUCUGAGGAGACAUUCGUCAUGGAGGGCGCCAAGAUCGGGAUCGACAGGCACCUUGAGCUCUUCAAGAAGCUGGAAAACUACAAGAAUGCCAAGCACAAGGGCUUAUACAUCAUCGGCAACGACAAUGUGAAGAUGGAGAAGACCGUGAGGGAGACUGAAGGAGGCGAAGUCCAAAUCAUAGGCUUGGUCCCCAACAUCGCCCACACCGCCUACACCGUUCACGUGAAGAGCAAGGGCAUCGAACGCAUCAACACCUUCACGGUGGACUGCGACCUCGUGGCCAGGAGGUUGGUGCUCAAAGACGAUGGCAAGCCUGAGCUCUACAGCGUUCAAUCGCUGAAGAGCGUCAACCUGUCUCCAAGCGCUCAGAGCAGCACGACCUCUGAGCUCGUCGUCUGGGUGCGGCAGCUGGCCUGGAAGGACGGCGUCGUGUGCGCAUGCAGUGUUAGCCCUGUCGUGGAGUUCUUGGCCGGGCUUGGUGUUGGCCCUGGCGCGCGGGAUGUGGGGGAGGGGCUGGGCUCGGGAUUGCUGGAGUGUUUCAGGAGCGCGGUUCGGGGCUGGGAGUUUCGACACCGCUCGCCGCGCAGGAUGGGACGGUCACCGCCAAGCUGA